AUGGUUAUGAGUGGGGAUAUUGGUGCUCUAUAUAAACUUGUGACUUCUUAUGUAGCAGAGCUAUUAAUUUGUUUGACUUUUCCGUUGGUCAUGGGAACAGGGUCAGUUACUGCUGUAGAAAGUGAAAGGAGGGCUCUGCAGUAUUUGGGAUUGGAUGCAGAAAAAAGCUCUGUUGGUUUUGAUGGAUUGAAGGUGAAUCUGAUUAUGAUAGACUAUUCAAUGCCAGAGAUGACAGGAUAUGAACUUCUCAAAAAGAUUAAGAGCUCAUCGAAUUUACGGGAAAUACCAGUGAUGAUUAUGUCAUCUGAGAAUGUUUUAGCUCAUAUCGAUAGGAUUGCACCUAAUUUAAUGUCUUCUGACGUGGGAAAAGUUGCUUCCAUGUUUCUUCCAGAUGGAACAAAGAAUAUUCCUACCAAAGCAAAGAAAAAUGUUAUUAGAAUUCUUACUAAAGCCCAGGUUGAUGCUGAGCUAGAACAGAUGAAGACCAUGAAUGCACAAGAGGCAGCUGCAGCACAAGCAGUCUCAGAGGCAGUCUGA